AUGUCAAAUUCUCUACAAAUCGAAUUUAUCAAUAGUCCACACGGUGUCUAUUUUCCCGGGCAAAUUGUUGAUGGAAGAGUUGUGCUAAAUUCGGAGGAGACGAUUAAGGUGGGUUACUGUAGACUGUAGGGGUACUGUAGGCGAGUUUUUUGAUACCAAACAUGCCUAGGGAACUAUUUGAGGGAGCCUUAGAUGAGCCUGGAUUUUUAGAUAGGCCUAAAUUUUCAGGCAAGCCUAAGGUAGGCCUGGAUUUUUGGACAGGCCUAAAUUACGCCUAAUAUAUUUCUGAACGGCCCUGAGGCGUGGAUUUUUAGAUAGGCCUGGAUUUUUAGACUGGCCUAAAUUGAGCCUAUACUUUUAGGCGAUCCAGAGGCCUGUAACAUUCCUAAUUGUAAGGCCUGGCCCUAAUCAGGCCUAGAUUUUUGGGCAAUCUCUAUUUAGGCUUCAAUUUUUAGACAAAGAUAGGCCAGGCUAGGGCUGUAAAAAAGUGGUGUUCGUGUGCCGAAAAACACAUUUGUGUGUUCACACGAAUACACCACACAGGCAAAACACACUGCACCCGAAUACACAGCACACGAAUACACUGAUGCACACGAACACACUACACCCAAAUACACUACUUUUUUUGCAUGCGUUUUCAACCAAACACACACAGAAAAAACAGUGUGUUCGUGUGCAGUGUAUUCGGGUGCAUAGUGUCUUCGGGUGUAUAGUGUAUUCGUGUGUUUGGUGUGAAAGUGUGUUCGCUGCUGCCUCGCCGCGUGUGUGGUGUGUUCGUGUGAACUAUUUACAGCCCUAGGCCAGGCCUAGCCUCAGAUGAGCCUAAGCUAAGCCUAGGUUUUCUGUCUGAUCUUAACUAACAAGCCUAGAUUCUUUCUAAAGCCUGAAGCCUAAAUCAGGCCUAGAAUUUUCGAAAAUUGGUUUUUUUUUCGAAAAAUAAGUGUUCCGUGGAUGAAAUACGUGGGAUUUUUCAGCAAAAAAUUUGAAUUUUACAAAAAUCAGCUGUAAUUCCACUUCCAGGCCCGUUUCCUCAAAGUGUGUAUCCACGGCUCGGCCGAAACCCAUUGGUCCGAAUCCGAACGACGUUCUCGCACGAAUUCCGAAGGAAAAUUCGAGAAUUUUACCGAACACGUCAAAUUCGCCUCGAAAAUCGACUAUUUGAAUGCGGAGACGGUGGUUUGGACGUGUGCGGACGGUUCGAAUAAAUUGCCACGUGGCAUGCACAUUUUCGAGUUCAAAUUUCAACUUCCGAUUGGUCUUCCGCCAAGUUUCGAGGGUUUUCACGGGCAUAUUCGAUAUAGUAUUCAUGUUGAGUUGGAUCGAGUUUGGAGUUGGAAUAAGAAGACGAAAAAAUGUUUUUCGGGUGAGCAAAAUGGGCUAACUAGAGUCUAGUUACCAUAACUUCUUUGGGUUAUCUAGGGAAGUCGAGCGGAGCAAGUGUAGACCGCAAGCUUCCGCGUAAGCGGCACUAUCUUCCGCGCAGCGGCCACGCGGACUGCUGUGACGUGGAUUUAUCGUACUGCAGGUUGUCCACAUCGCAAGCUUGUUUAGAAAAUACAGAAAGUUACCAUAACUUCGCCUCUGCGCGGAAGAUAGUGCCGCUCACGCGGAAGCUUGCGGUCUAGACUCGCUCCGCCCAAUUCCACAUUAUUUCCAGUCAUCCCAAUAUUCGACCUCAAUCAAAUCCCCUCCGCAAUCAAUCCAAUGGUCAACACAAUCUCCAAAAACAUGGGCCUAGUCUUCAAAAAAGGCUUGAUCUCCAUGACGGUAAAUCUACCCAAACGUGGAUUUGUAGCCGGUGAAUCAAUUCAAAUCCUGGCCAACAUUCAAAAUCAAACCAAACUCGAAAUCAUUCAAAUCCGCGCCAAGUUAAUGCAACUCUCCACUUAUCAAGCUGCACGGGGACAUCAUUUCGCGAAAAAACACGAGGAUAAACAAGUUGCCGAAACUCGUCAGCAAUUACACAUUUGUGGAAAAGCUGCACAGCAACUUGCGCUAAAUCUUCGAGUUCCGGCGUGUGUUCCAAGUUUCACAAAUUGCCCGAUUCUGAGUGUCGAAUAUUUUUUGAGCGUCAAAAUCGAUGUGAAUAAAUUGAUGGGGAGCACACUUAAGUGUGAAUUUCCGAUUAUCAUUGGCACGAUGCCAGUAGUCGGACCUCUAGCGACCCAGGUUAUUCCAGUGGCAGCGACUCAGAUGGUCCCUGGAUAUCCAGUGGCUCAAGAGGCAGCUCCCAGUGCACCUUCAGCUCCUCCCAGCUACCCAAGUGCACCUCUACCUUCAGCUCCCGAAGCCUAUUCACAGAAUCCACCCAGUUACGAAGAAGCCACGGGAAAUACUGUGAAGGGUGAGGAUUUUGGUGCGUUUGCACCAAGAUAUCCGGUUUUUAACAAUUUGCCUCUACCAACAGCACCGCCUAUGGAGAAAAUGUGA